AUGGGUUGCCCAGUGGACAAGGAUUUGAUGAAACUUGUCAGUAUUGAGGUCACCAACUUAGAGAAAAACUUGGAGGCCAUAAAGAAAUUCAAUGCUGAUGAAGCCAAGAGGAUAGGAGAAGCUCUUCAAGACGCCAUACAUGAAAUAGCGAAGUUUGAGAAACGUAUAGCCGACAUUGAAAGUCGACUGGAGGAAGAGCUCCAGGCGCAAUCAGAAAAGAACAAAGAAUUCUCAUCAGCAAUUGAAGAUAUUUCUAACAAUAUAAAUAUAAUAGAGGAACGCCAAGAUACAAAUGAACAAAGCAUUUCUUUGUUGGAAGAAAGGCAAAAUGAGGUAGAAUCAGCUGUAGCCUCUUUAAAAGACGGAGAGAGCAACCUUACCUCAAAGGUGGAGGUUUUAGAGCUCGAACAAACUCAGUUAGAUUCUCGGCUAAAAAAGUUAGAAGAGGGUAAGCUUGACGCUGUAGUCGAUGCUAACAUUUUGCAACUGCCCAGUCGCAAUCAUUGCUUUUGUGGUCGCGAACGUGAGCUAAAAGCAAUUGCCACGCAAUUAAAAGAUACUAAGAGGGGUUGUUCUGAAUCAGCAAUUUACGGUCUCGGGGGUGUUGGAAAAACAUCUCUUGCUGUCGAGUUUCUAUGGCGACAGAAAGACAAGGAGGAAUAUUCUGGUGGUAUUUUUUGGAUUUCGGGCGAAAACAACAACCUUUUUCAGUUGUCUGUCAGCGAGAUGGCACGUCAAGUUGGAACUUUUGAUGACAAAGACUUUCCUAAUUCGUUGUCAAGAACCUUGGACUGGUUGAGAAAGCGCGAGCAGCUGUGGUGUCUAGUGGUUGACAAUCUGGACGAGUUAGAAAUGUCCACGGAUAUGCGAAAACUGCUGACUGGUCACUGGAAACAGGCUGCACGUGGUCAUAUCAUCAUAACCACAAGGAGAGAAGCAACGGAAAUAGGAGAAGAAAUGGGAAUCGAAGAAAGCUCUUGUAUUGAGUUGAAAUGCUUCACGGAGGAAGAAGGAGUUCAGUUUUUAAAAACAAGAGGUGGAACAGCCGGAGAAGACAACGAUUUUCGUGAGUUGGUUGGAGAGCUUGGCGGACUGCCUUUAGCUCUUGAUCAAGCUGCUGCUUAUAUCAGAUCCCUUCGCCAGCCUAUCAAAGAAUAUCUGAAGAAGUAUAGAAAACAAAAGAUGCUUCUCUCGAAGAAGAAGAAGGCUCGUAAUCUGGUGGAAAAUACAUCACCUGAGAGAUUGGCAGUUCACACAACAUGGUCGUUAAAUUUUGAGUACGUCAUGCAAAUGUCAGAAGAGAUGGAUCUUGGAGAAACCCCCUCAAUUGUCAUGAAAAUGUCUGCCUACCUAGGUCCCGAUGAUAUUCCUUAUCAGGUUAUAAACGAAGGGCUUCACGUUGUAGGAACUUCCGGCCAGGGAGUAAGCGAUUUGUGGGAUGCAGCCGAGACAGUGUCGCUGCUUACAAAGUUUUCCCUUUUUCAAAGGUAUGGGACAGAUUCUUUCAGUGUUCAUCGUCUGGUGCAAGACGUUAUCCGAAGUGAGAUUGAAAAGGACAAAAUUGAAGUGCGUAUACUUUGCUGUGCGGUGCACGCAUUUAACCAUGCAUUAACAAAAACACGCUCGCCAGCGGAAGUCUGCCAAAGUUUCGUUGAAGAUGCUGUUUUCAGCGUCGAGAAUCCUCCUUCGUUACAACUGUGGGGCAAGCUGGCUUCGCACUCGACCUGUUUGCAAGAGCAUUUGCUUAGCUACCUGGCGAAACGUGAAAAUGAUGUCGAAAGUUUGCGUACUUUGCUCUACACUGAUGCAACUGUUCGUAUCUUUAACGAAGCAGCGAUAUUUUUUAGUAUUUCGCAGGAGAAAGUGAAAGCUCAGGCAAUGCAAAAAAAGAAACUAGAGUUGUUAGUACACCUUGAAAAGCCCACCCCUGAGGAAGAUUGAUGUACCUUUAAAAGACAAGGACUACAAGGUGAUAACUUGUUGUAUGAGAAAUCCUCCCUCUGAAAAUGAGGCUGUGGCUGAAGAUAACGAAAGGAAGAAGGAAGCCGACCAACUCAGAGAAAAAGGAAACAAUGCAUUAAAAAAUAGCAAGCUCAAAGAAGCACUUGAUCUUUAUACAAGAGCCAUUGAUUUGUGGCCUAAUGACCACCGCUUGUUUUGUAACAGGGCCCUCUGCAAUUUGAAACUGGGAAAACCAAGAAAUGCUCUGGAAGAUUGUCAAAAAUGCCUUUAUCUAAAACCUGAUUACAGCAAAGCACUUCAACGAAAGGCUUGGGCCCUGCGAGAACUUGUUGAAGGUGGAAAUAGUGAGCUCGAAGGGCAGAAACGUGCAGCUGUGGCCUGUGCCCUUCACUUCCAUCCCACUCUCCGCCAAGACGAAACGUUUUCCCGGAUGUUUCCCGAAGUGCUAGUUCUUCGUAUCAGAGAGAUAUACAAUGAAAAGCAGCUAGCGUUUGCUUUGAUGACGACUCGAAGAAACGAAACCUUGUUGUUACACGAAAGAGAGUACCAUCUUAGUGCCUUUGGAAUUGUAAAUGACCUUCAGAUUGUAGGUCUCGGACCCCACACUUACUUAAAUUGUGCAAAGUUUUGCCAAAUUAAUAACGCCAAAUGCUAUUUUGAAAAUAUUGUGUUUCCUAGAGGGAAUGUUGCUCUAAUCUGCCGUGGAAACAAUGGCGCUGUACACUUAAAUCAGUGUGAGAUUUCAGGAGGAGAGACGAGUUGUGAGGACUUUCCAGAAUGUAACGGAGGUCCAGGCUGCGUGGCGCCCUCUUCAGGGAAACCUGCCAGGGAUCAGACAGGAAGCUUUGGUCAUUCAAUGUCUGGCAUAGCUGGCUUUCCCGGAGUCGACACUUCACACGAGAGCUCUGGAUUGAUUGAAAACUGUGUAAUUCAUAGGUGUGGGGGUGGAGGUGCUCUUGUUUGUGGGAAAGGUUCUCGACUAUUGGUUAAAAACUGUGAAGUGCACAAGAACCACCAAUCUGGAUUAGAGGCAAGGGAAGGAGGAGAACUUGAAGCUAUUGGAAACAAGAUAUUCGAUAAUGGUAAUCACGGCAUUCUGAUUUGGAAGCUCGCUGGGAAAUGUGACCUCAACGAUAAUAAGAUUUUUGAAAAUGCAAAGGAAGGCAUUCUUGUUGUCGAUACAAAAGAGAAGAUAACCCUACGCAACAACAGUAUCCAUCACAACAGACCCUUUGGUAUUUCCCUUGAUCAUGACAAUUCUCAAGUUCUUAUUAGCAACAAUGAGAUUUUCGAGAAUGGAUUCUGGGGCAUCCUCGCUAAAGGGCGAACAUCGGCAUUCAUAGUAGGAAACAAACUCACUGGUAACAAGUGUGGAGGAAUUUUUAUUGGUUUUAAUUAUUCUGGAAGGGUUCAUCUAGAGAGAAAUACUGUAAGAGAUCACAGUGGCCCUUGGCUUGAGUAUCAAUUCAAAAACGGUGGCGCGACUAUUGAUGACAGUUUAUCUGAAGUCAGAGAGGCUGAUGCUCUGGGUUUUAUGCUUCCGGAGGGUGAAAUGCAUUUAUAUUCAAAGCCUCCCAUUCUAAAAGAAAAUAAACUUUUUAACAAUGAGGAAGGCUUGUAUCAUCCCAGAGAGCUGGUUGAACGACUUAGCAAUGGCUGCACUUAUUGUCAUCGUCAAAGAGACAAAACAAUGCGGUUUUUGAAGUGCCCAGGAUGCCACAUUGCAUCGUACUGCAGUAAGGAAUGCCGGCGCAGCCACAGACCUACACACGAGACAUUAUGUUUCGCUCUAAAAUCUCGUUAUGCUGUGGACGUUGACUGCACUCCCCUAGCUAAGCAAGGAUUUACGUCGCAUGUGUUUGGUUCUCACCUAGUGGGAAUUGGAGAGGGUCCAACACCAGAACCUAACAGGGAGUUCAUCGUCAAAAUUCAAACAAAACAUCUUAACAGUCACCCACUGCAGAUGAUGAGGCUUUACGACCAAAGUGUCACCACAGAUUGCCUAAUACAAAGUCCAGAAAUCUUCAAUGUGAUAAUGGACUGUGGCGUUCUUGGAGCUUUAAACAAGUUUACAAGUAAGAAAUGUUUUUUCUGGGCCAUGUUUACUGAGCCUGGAGGAAAACUGACAAUUUAUCUUGAUCAUUUGGCUCCUUAUCAGAAAUGGUAA